GGGAGCGGCCGCCGCCGCCGCCGUGCGCUCGCCGGGCCGGGCGGAGCUGCGCAGUCCUCUCGCAGCUGCGCCAGGACAGCCGGCGCGCGGCCGUGCCCACAAGUUGCCGGCAGCGGAGCUCCGCGCCGCCACCUCCUGCUCGCAGCCCCCGGUGCCCACCCGGCGGUGGUGGCCGGCGCCAGGACGCACGUCCCUCGGGCACCCACCCCAGAUGUAAAUCGGGACCGCAGCCCCUCGCCCCCUGGCGCGAUCGACAGAGUCUAGCCAACGUCUCCUCUGCCAAACCCCAGGGCUGAAAGAUGUGGCAGCCGGCCACGGAGCGCCUGCAGCACUUUCAGACCAUGCUGAAGUCUAAAUUAAAUGUCCUAACACUGAAAAAGGAACCUCUCCCAGCCGUCAUCUUCCAUGAGCCGGAGGCCAUCGAGCUCUGCAGCACCACCCCGCUGAUGAAGGCGAGGACCCACGGUGGCUGCAAGGUCACCUAUCUGGGGAAGGUCUCCACCACAGGCAUGCAGUUUUUGUCAGGCUGCACGGAGAAGCCAGUCAUUGAGCUCUGGAAGAAGCACACGCUAGCCCGAGAAGACGUCUUUCCAGCCAAUGCCCUCCUGGAGAUCCGGCCCUUCCAGGUGUGGCUCCAUCACCUGGACCACAAAGGGGAGGCCACCGUGCACAUGGAGACCUUCCAGGUGGCCCGCAUCGCCUACUGCACCGCCGACCACAACGUGAGCCCCAACAUCUUCGCCUGGGUGUACAGGGAGAUCAACGACGACCUGUCCUACCAGAUGGACUGCCACGCUGUGGAGUGCGAGAGCAAGCUCGAGGCCAAGAAACUGGCCCACGCCAUGAUGGAGGCCUUCAGGAAGACUUUCCACAGUAUGAAGAGCGACGGGCGGAUCCACAGGAACAGCUCGUCCGAGGAGGUUUCCCAGGAAUUGGAAUCCGAUGACGGCUGAAUGAACUCCACACGCUUCGGCGAAGGCAGCAUUGGUCAAGGAAUUCGAGAUGACAGAUGAGGAAGCAACCAUUCAAAUUUGGGAUGAAAAGACUGCCAAACUAUUGGCUGACCAAGCUUUUUAAAUUCAGAAGAGCAAUUCUAAAUCUAAAGAAAUGUAUCAUUAAAGUAAUUACGUUACAUUGAAAUCUGCUGCUGCUGUGACUGUGAGGAGGGUGGGAGUGUGGAUGGGGAGGAAGGUUCUAGACUCUCUUAUUGUUUUUCUCAUUUCCUGAUGCCUGUCGUGGGAGAGCUCCAUGCUGGUUUUCACCCCUCUCAGGCAAACACUCUGUGGCUGUUAUCUGAUGGACCAUUCCGAUCUGCCUUAUGAAAUCCAACAAGAAUGUUAGAGGCACCUGUCAGAUCCCUGGGAUGGGGGGCGUGGGUGGAGGGGUGUGGAUGCUGUCCUGGCUGCAGGGUUGAAGGACACUGGGGAUGACCCUGAGAGCUCCCCUCCCAUAGAGCAUUUCAGAUUCUCUCCUCUGUAUGCAAAUCAGCACAGCCUUUAUUGAGCUUUACAACUAACAACCUGAUAGUUGGCAGUUAAUUCACAGUUAAAGAUAAUGCUUUUAUUUACAUAAAUAUAUCAAGUAGUACCCUCUUAUUGUAUUCACUUCAUCUAUUUUCUUAGAAUACUUGCAACUACUAAUAAUCCCCUCCCUCUCUGGCCCCAUCCACCCUCUCUCCCCUUCUAACGUCCCUAGUGGGGUAGAAUCUCAACAUACGCUGCAGGACACCAAAAGGGAAGAAAAUAACCAAGCAAAUGAAAUAAACAAUCAAACCAACAAACCAGGAGCUUAAAACCAUAACCACCACCACAGAAGCCCUGGGAAAGAGGAAUGAGUGAUCCACAAGUGAACCAACUUUAUGUAGGCUGUCCUUUUUUGUCAAUUCUGGCUUAUGGUAACUUAUUUAAUUAAUGGUUCUGUCUGAUGCAUCCUUCACCGAAAGCUUCAAAACUGAUUUGGCAUCACCAAGGCAUCACUCAACAUCACACUUAAAUAGGGAAUGGGUUAGAUAAACUUGGCUUGUCUAGAGAAGCUAUGCCCAUCUUAACCUAAAGGGAAAUCUUAUCUCAUUAUCUUAAAAUUGGUGAUAUCCUUAGCAUCAGAAUUUCCUGGGCUUUUUUUUUUUUUUCCUUCUUUGUUAUUUUUAAUGAGAAGUUCUUACUGAGAAGUCCUGAGAUUUCUCUGUUUCAUGGAUCUUUAUAUAUUAUAAAAGCAAAGAGUCAAAAUUGAAUGAAAUUGAAAGUAUUUGUUCAAAUACAUACAUAGAAGGCCAUGAGCAGAUGACUACUUUUCUAGGUAAUGCUGCUCCUUUAUUAAAGUCUGUUUUUAAUCCUGGUAAUAUUAGGGGCACUGCGGCACCUAGGAAGCCUUAAAUGAGAGCUAAUCUAAUCCGGAGAGCGAUGGUGUCAGCAUUUUGGUCCGUGUAUCUGUGUGUCGGUGUAUGCAUUUGUGUGUGUGUACAUGUGCCCCCCCAUGUGUGGGUCCAGUUUUCAGGCAUGUAGAAGAAGCAUGGAGUCACAUUGAGGAAGACUCACCUCUUGAAGAUAUGCUUGUUGCUUUACAACACAUGUAAACUAUUCUUUAGUAUAAAUGCAUUCAUUCUUUAAUAAAAAUAUGUUUGCGUUAAUAAAGUGGAGGAAUUUCA